CAUGCACAGUUAAUGCUCCAAUCCUCUUUAUGAAAGUGACGUGCUACUGUCAGAAACAGAGCUUAGCUGAAUUUCCUCUUGUCUGCCUUUCAGUGAACUACUGUUUGGUUCUCUUUAAGCUCUCUAAUCACUGGUUCCUCUUGCAACGUAUCCACCAGGAGGACUCCAAAAAAACACACUACCUAACCUUGGAAUUUUUCCCCCCCAAAACAAGGAGUCUCACAAGUCUCAUCUUGGACAUUCUACUUCUGGGAAUUUGGUCUGAAUUGCUUCAGGAAUCCAGGAACCUCUACGACUUCAGCCUGUGGUGUGGAGGAUGCUCAUAUAUCCCAUGCAAAUUAAAUACAAAUCUAACUGAGUACGCCCUUAUCCACCUCUUGUUAUUAUUCGAUAUUGUUUUUAGUGUAAGCGGUUGAAUCUGUGCAGACAGAGGAAACCAAGGUGGUCUCAGGCGAGGGGGGGAUCCCGUCAGGCCAGGUGAUUUUGGGGGUUUGGCUGGGCUCUAGGAGGGCCACCGUGGAGGACGACCUGCUGGAUUUCGCUGAUAUGGACGGGCACGGAUAUGACCGCUAUAUAGACGGGGACAGAGAUAUCUACCAGAUCGACUACCAGCGUAUCGUGGGGGACAUGGAGCCCCCCAGGCCACAGGGGGCAUUACGAGACUCAGACCAGCACUUGCGUGGGCCAUUUACCCACAAUGCCCUGCAUGGGCACGGGCACGAGACGGCUGCCCAGCGCUACAGUGCCACACGCAUACAAGCGGGAUAUGAACCAGAGAGCAUGGCUGAUUACCUGAUCAGCGGGGGAACUGGUUAUGUUCCAGAGGAUGGACUCACUGCCCAACAGCUCUUUGCCAUCGGAGAUGGUCUGACAUACAAUGAUUUUCUGAUUCUGCCUGGCUUCAUUGACUUCACAUCUGAUGAAGUGGAUUUGACCUCUGCCCUGACCCGGAAGAUAACCCUGAAGACGCCACUCAUUUCAUCUCCCAUGGACACGGUCACCGAGUCGUCCAUGGCUAUCGCUAUGGCUCUCAUGGGCGGAAUCGGAAUCAUUCAUCAUAACUGCACUCCCGAGUUCCAGGCCAACGAAGUUCGGAAAGUCAAGAAAUUCGAGCAGGGCUUCAUCACAGAUCCCGUCGUGAUGAGUCCGCGGCACACAGUCGGUGAUGUGUUUGAAGCGAAAGCACGGCACGGUUUCUCAGGCAUCCCGGUUACCGAAACUGGCAAGAUGGGCAGCAAGCUGGUGGGCAUCAUUACGUCCCGAGACAUCGACUUCCUGUCAGAGAAAGAUUACGAUCGUGCACUGGAGGAGGCAAUGACAAAAAGAGAAGAUUUAGUUGUGGCCCGAGCAGGUGUAACGUUAAAGGAAGCGAAUGAUAUUCUACAGCGCAGUAAAAAAGGUAAACUGCCCAUCGUGAACGACACCGACGAGCUUGUUGCUAUAAUAGCUCGUACUGAUUUGAAGAAGAACCGAGACUAUCCUCUAGCCUCCAAAGACUCUCGCAAACAGCUGCUGUGUGGUGCUGCGAUCGGUACCCGAGAGGACGACAAGUACCGGCUAGACCUGCUCAUGCAGGCCGGAGUGGACAUGAUAGUUCUGGACUCUUCUCAGGGGAACUCAGUGUUUCAGAUCAGCAUGAUCAACUACAUCAAACAGAAAUACCCAGAAAUACAAGUGGUGGGAGGAAACGUGGUGACCGCUGCUCAGGCAAAGAAUCUCAUAGAUGCAGGUGUUGAUGCUAUAAGAGUCGGCAUGGGCUGCGGAUCCAUCUGCAUCACACAGGAAGUGAUGGCGUGUGGGAGACCGCAGGGCACCUCUGUGUAUAAGGUGGCUGAAUACGCCCGGCGUUUCGGGGUUCCAGUAAUUGCAGACGGUGGAAUCCAGACUGUUGGGCAUGUGGUUAAAGCUCUUGCCCUGGGAGCAUCCACAGUGAUGAUGGGAUCGUUGCUAGCGGCAACCACUGAAGCACCAGGUGAAUAUUUUUUCUCGGAUGGCGUACGGCUAAAGAAGUAUCGUGGCAUGGGCUCUUUAGAUGCGAUGGAGAAAAACAACAGCAGCCAGAAGCGUUACUUUAGUGAAGGUGAUAAAGUGAAGGUCGCUCAGGGUGUCUCCGGCUCAGUUCAAGAUAAAGGCUCAAUACACAAGUUUGCCCCGUACCUCAUCGCUGGCAUUCAGCACGGCUGUCAGGAUAUCGGUGCAAAAAGCCUGUCCAUUCUGCGAUCGAUGAUGUACUCCGGAGAGCUGAAGUUCGAGAAGAGGACCAUGUCUGCUCAGGUUGAGGGUGGAGUUCAUGGAUUGCAUUCAUAUUCUUUUGUGCCAUUUAUGAGAAAUGGUUAUACUGAGCCGGGCAGCAGGGGGCAGAUGAGAGCCGGACCCAAUGUCCCAUCACCAACGGUCAUGAAACACAGCUGCUAAAUCCCAAUAAUGUCAGAUUUGCAGUAAUAGACAGCAGAAGCACGUGAUCCUUCACACUGGAAACAAACACAUACACCUAGAACUGAACGUACUACUGACAACGGACUGAUUGUUUCGAUUGUCCUGUUUCGGAUAUGUUCGGGCUUCCCUCUGAGAAAUUAUAUGCGGCAGUAGAUUAUAUUCGUACACACUGAACUUUCAGAUCUAUUUUUUAAAUCCCUUAUGAAUGUACUACAUUGUGUGUGUGUGUGUGUGUGUGUGUGUGUGUGUGUGUGUGUGUGUGUGUGUGUGUCUGUCUAAGGCCACUUCCACGCUAAUCAGUUUUUGCUUGGAAACUCGUUUUCCAGUUUCCCAACAACAUUGUUUUCCCAAAGUAUGCAGCAAUGGAGAACGUAUUAGAGUGGGCGUGGCCUAAGCAUGUAUGUUCUGAUAUCUGAUAUACAGGGUGUGUUUUUGACGUGAGCCACUUUAUCAAACUGUCUGGUUAAAGGGAUAUUUCACCCAAAAAUUAAAAAAUUCUGUCAUGUUGUUCCAAACCCUUUUUGACAUCCUUUGACUUUCUUCUGUGAAACACAAAAGGAGAUUGUAGAGCGGAGGAGGGCGGGGCCAGGCUGGAACAACGCACGCCCAGUCCCCAAUCAGCCUGAUGGGGGUGCACAAGGGAUAAAUGCAGCCGGUGACGACGGUUCGAGAGAGAGAGAGAGAGAGUGUGUGUUUAUGUUUGUGUGUUUUUUGGUUCAGUUUUCAUUAAACUAUUAUUUAUAUUGUCAA